CUAGCCUGCUCAUGCUAGUUGUUAUGAACUGUGGUACCUGACAAAGCCUCUGAUGAAGAAUUUACCUGUAAUUCUAUGUAUUCUUGCUCUGGCAGGAGUUGGUAUUUAUAUUUAUCAGUUCCACGAGGAUAAAUAUCAAUCUGUGGUCUCGUAUGUUGUUCAAUCGGCCAAUUCUCUGAAGCAGCGAGCUGGUGUAAAUCAAGGUCCUAUAGUAACCCUACCAGCUACCACAUCAGAACACGUUACUUCACAGAGUGGGAAGGAAGCAGUGUUGAAUAAUAUCGUAGAUGCAGUGUUGAAGGAGGACGACUCUAAAAAUGUAAAAGAGGACGACUCUAAAGAGGACGACUCUAAAGAGGACGACUCUAAAGAGGACGACUCUAAAGAGGAAGUUGAGCGUCACACUGAUCAAGACAUGUGGAUGAAGAAACGUUCUGAGGCGUGUGAGAAGAUAGAAACCAUCCCAAUGUCAAAGUACGGGGAGAAUAUACAAGGUAUUGCUCUGAACUAUUUCACUAAGUUCGAUUCUAACUACAAGUUCCUUUACUGCUCUAUUCCAAAGGUGGCCUCUACAAACUGGAAGAGAACUAUGAUAGUUCUGAGUAUGGAUAAGAAAUCACGUGACAAAAUGACAAGAGCGCAAGUUAACGCUCUAAAGAACGUCCACAACGACCCGCGGAUACAGGCGCUAACUAAAGUUGACGGCAAUAUCCUAUACCCUCCUUACAGAGACUACUACAAGUUCGUAAUGUUCCGGCACCCUUUCACUCGCAUGGUAUCGGCCUGGAGAAACAAACUGCUGAUGGUUGAUGGUAGAAUAAACAAAUAUUUCUACAAGAACUAUGGUAUACCCAUCAUAAAGCUACUGCGGGGUAAAGGAGCCGAAACUAAGUUCCUGAAGAACCCAGCUGGUAACCUGGUAACAUUCCAAGAGUUUGUGGGUGGUGUAAAGAGCGGCAUAGUAGACAGACACUGGAUGCCACAGUCGGAGAUAUGUCAACCUUGUGCGGUCAGAUAUAACCACGUGGGAUUCUUUGAGUAUCUGAAUGAUGAUACCAACUAUAUUCUAGAUCAGCUUGGUGUUGGAGACGAGGUAGUAAAAGCAGACAAAGUCUCCCCCUCCGGACAAUACAAAUCAACAACAGAAGUAACCAAGGAACUGUUUAAUUCCCUCUCCCAGUCUGACAUUGACGCUCUGUAUCAGUUUUAUAAGAGAGACUUUAUUCUGUUUGGUUAUGAUAAAGAUGUGAAUAGUCCCUCCUUCCCAUUCCCAAGUAUACCCGAGGUCACGUGAUUUGAGGGAGUAGUCACGUGAUAUGUAAUGAAUUGACCUUUCAUAAUAGAUUGUGGGAGUUGGGGUAUAAAUAUGUAUAUUUUCAUUGUUUCAGAUUGUGAUUAAAACUUAUCUACGGUCAAAAUUUUUCUUCCAUUCAAAUUUCUGAUUGUUUCUGAAUAGACUCAGUGAAGACAGAUUUCCAUCAGAAUCUAUAUUCACUGAGUCUAUUCAGAAACAAUCAGAAAUUUGAAUGAAAGAAACACCAAAUCAUGAGAUUCAAUAAAACUACACGAAUGCACCAGAUUACGGUCAAAAUGUAUCAUUCGUUGAUAAAAGGUUGUUUGAAAUAUUUUAUUUGACUAUAUUAUGAUCAUAUGACAGUAAUUUUGCAUGAAGAUGGCUAAACUACAUUAUAUAAUAUCUUUCGACGUUAUCUGUGUCGCACGUAAGCAACUUGAAUAUGCUGACUGUAAAUAAUUUAGUAAAUUUAUUUUAGAUUCAGGGUGAGUUUUUAAUGUAUUUUAACAAUUGAUUUCUAGUAAAUUUUGUAUUUCACUAUCAUUAUUACUAUGAUUAUUAAAAAUGAUUACGUAAUAUGUGAACGACCCCUUAUUAAAAGAGAUCAAAUUAAAUUUACCAUUACGGGUUUUAACCAGGAACCUCACUUGUCUU